AUGGCUGUCGCGGGGCCCGCGCCGGUGGAGCUGGGCUUUGCCGAGGCGGCGCCGGCGUGGCGGCUGCGCAGCGAGCAGUUCCCCAGCAAGGUGGGCGGGCGGCCGGCGUGGUGCGGAGCGCCGCGGCGUCGGGGCGGGAGCCGGACGGCAGGGGCCGGCCGGGGCGGGCUCGCCUGGCAGGUUUUUAGGAAUCAGCUGCCUCGGAAGAAUGAGUUUUACUCAUUUGAGCCCCCUUCUGAGAAGCGUCCCCCGGAUGCCGGCGAAGCUGUGUGCCUCCAGCUGGAGUCGGGCACUCACCUCUGCAGGGUGUGUGGCUGUUCAGCCCCCAAAGUGUGCUCCAGAUGCCACCGGGCGCAUUACUGCAGUAAGGAGCAUCAGACGCUAGACUGGAGGUUGGUGCAUAAGCAGACGUGUACACGAGAUCAGUUGGACCAUCCAGUUCCAGAUCACAACUUCCUUUUUCCAGAAUUUGAAAUUGUAAUAGAAACAGAAGAUGAGAUUAUGCCUGAAGCUGUGGAAAAGGAAGGCGACCCUGACGUCGUCGAAAGCAUGGGUGAAGCACCUGAAGAAGAACUGGAUUCCAUGGCCAAGCAUGAAUCUAGAGAAGAUAACAUUUUCCAGAAGUUUAAAACUCAGAUAGCCCAUGAACCAGAGCAGAUUCUCAGAUACAGCAGAGGCAUGGAGCCUGUGUGGAUUUCUGGUAAAAAUGUUCCUCAAGACAAGGAUAUUCCAGAUUGUCCCUGUGGUGCCAAGAGAAUAUUUGAAUUCCAGGUCAUGCCACAGCUGCUGAACCACCUGAAAGUAGACAGACUGGGCAAGAGCGUGGAUUGGGGCGUCCUGGCCAUCUUCACCUGUGCGGAGAGCUGCAGUUUGGGCAGCGGCUACACAGAGGAAUUUGUGUGGAAGCAGGAUGUGACAGAUACAUCUUAAGGCUAAGCUG